AUGAAGAUUCUGUGGGAGAGUGACGAUUGGCCAGGUGCUGUAGUGGAACCAGGUGUAACAUGUCUAAAUUGGAUACCAAAUGUGAACAAACCUGGCUUUGGAUUACUUGCAGCAGGUUCAGAAUCUGGCGCGGUGGGAGUGACAUCAACAGAAUUGUAUGGUGGACGUGACGAUCUGAAACGUUAUAACUUCAACUUACGUGGUCAUCAUAGUGCAAUUAGCAUUGUGGCAUGGAACUGUGAACAGACCAAAUUGGCCAGUUGUGAUCUGUCAGGAAUUAUUUAUGUAUGGGUACCGAAUGAAGAGAGGUGGAGUGUGGAAUUGGUCAACGAUAGAGGUAUCAAGGUUCGUGAUGUAAGUUGGAGUCCGAGCGGUACGUCUGCAUUGAUUUGUUAUGAAGAUAAUUUUGUCUUAAUCGGCUCUUCAAAUGGGCAACGCAUUUGGUCGAGCUCGUUCGCGGUUACAGUAAUGUGUGGUGUUUGGGCACCUGAUUCUCGGGAGCUUGUUCUUGGCUUCAAUACGGGCGCUAUUCAAGUGCUUACAGAACAGGGUGCAACUGUCACUGAACGUUCAUUAUUACCCUGUGCAGUGCAGCGACUUGCUGCUUCUCCUCUUCGCAAAGAUGGCAAAUGGACUCUUGCUGUAUGCUCAGCAUCUAAUAGCAUCCUCUUCUUGAACGCUUAUGAUGAGGUAGAACCGUUGAGUUGGCAAAGUACAGAACCACUGCUGAGUGUGCAGUGGAAUGCAAGUGGUACAUUACUGGCUGUGAUUUGCUGUCGUAAUCGUUUGAUUGUUCUCGAUUAUCGAUCUACGCUCUUCUAUUCACAGCAAGUGCCGAUUAAUUCACCCAAUAAUCUGUUAACUGCCUUCACAUGGGCACAUGAUGAUCAAGUGUUAAUCGCUGCUGCUGGAGGGCAUCUGGCUGUAGGUCGUGUUUUGAUCGGUGUACCAUCGUUGUUCAACCUAGUCACCUAUAAUCUUUGGUUGAUGAUGGGAUCGUCUGCACGCCGUGUCGAUUCCCUUCCACUCCCAAUUCGCGAGCGUAACUCGAUACGUGAAUUGGACCAUCAUUUCAUUAGAUGUCGUAUUCCAUCUCGUGAACAGUUAUCCGCUCAAGUAUGUGAGCCAUCAGAUUGGCGAUGGUAUUGUACUAUCAAGCCAAUACCCCGUAAAGCACACUCAUAUGUGCUCUGUAUGGAGCAUAUGGGUGGUUUAGUGCCGAUUUUAGUUGGUCGUCAAACAAAUCGCAUAAUACCACAAUUUCAUAUUUCGUUACUUAGUCCCUCUACGGUCGUCUCAUCAAACAGUCGAUCAUCCACUCCUGAUAACGGCUCUUCAGCUCAAGUUGAAGAUGUCGGUGCGUUUACACGUCAUUCAACGCAGCGUAAUUCUGUGUGGAGGAAAAGUAAACGUCAACUUAGGGCGCUGAUGAACAGACAUGUUGCUUGCAGACAACCGGUCAACACCAUCAAUGAUAAAUUGUUGCAGGUUACUUCUAAUGUUUGGUGUACGAGAUUCAAGAUGACUUCAUUGGCAACAAAUAUCCUUCCUCCAUUCCUUGCUCAGGUUAUUUAUAAGACAUCUGUGUUACAUUUACAACCCCGACAAAUGACCGUACAACUAGUUGAUCUGAGUCGUCGAAGUACGACGAGUCCUCUGUUCAGUUGCUGUCGUCGAGGAGGAGCUGCAGCCGCAGCAGAAGUAGCGACAACACGUCGUUCUUCACCGAAAAAUGCAAAUGCAGUUGAAACAUCAUCAAACGAUCAAGUGUAUCUGUGUGAUGAUAAUAUGCGACAUGUUACUGUUGCGCCAUCUGAUCGAGAAUUAUUCGUGGCUGGUGCUGUACCUCAGGGAGAUGAUGCUGAUUAUGAAAUUGCUGGCAUGGGAGUACCAGUUGAAGAUGAAAGUGAUGAGCCACUCUCACCCGAGGAACGCCUCCUCUAUCAGAAUGUCUUCACGGAAUUCAAUGAACUUCGAGUAGCAGUUGAGAGGCAUAUUGCAAAAAUGAAAUGUUUUGCCAAUGAUUUGGAACGAUCAUCUCAUAACCUUGAACCGAUUAGUCCGAAUAGUAAUGUUGCUGGUAUUGGUUCAACGCACACAGUUAGUGAGCAACUGAACUUGUUGUCCCCUGCUAUCUCUCAACCUACUGUAGUCACGACAAGUGGGGCAACUUCGACUCUCGGAAAAUUGCCCAAAGUAUCGGCGUCACUCAAGGAAGACUGGACUGCAAGUGCCACAUCUGUAGGCGGUGCUGGUACUCGAAUACAACGUGCCGAACUUACAAUCGGGCCAUCAACUUCGGAUAUGGAUUGGCAUCAUCGAUACGACGAUAUCGAGUAUAUUGAUGAAGAUGAUUCGAUAGUUAUGCGGAAUCUAAGCGAAAAGAUACCGUUGGUUGAUCCGUUUCGAGCUCAUGACUCUUCUCGAAAGGGGCUGCGUCAGUUGAAUGAUAUAUCAUCCGUGUUAGAUAAGCUGGCAAAAUUAGCGAACGAUUUAACGACACGUUGUACAAUCGGACAGUUGAGUCACGAAGCUAGUCCAUCAAGUUCACGACAGCUGAAUUAUAACGGACGAAACAAUUCGCUUGAAUUGAACGAAACUCAUGCUACGGUGUCCUCGCUUCGUUCCCAGUUAAAAGAUAUUGCUAAGAAAGUAACGCAGAUAGAAAGGAAAAUCAACUAUGGUGAUGAGUUGUUGGACGAAGUUUAUGGCGAUCUGCAACAGCGAGUUCAACAUAUCAAAGCAGUUCUCGGAGAGCAACCGGCCAUCUCUGACGAGAUACCACUGCUUACCAUGCAAAAUAAAGCGCCUUUCUGGAAUGAAGCCAGUCAAGUUUAUCAGCUCGAUUUUGGUGGUCGCGUAACACAAGAAUCAGCGAAGAACUUUCAAAUCGAAUUUUGUGAUAAGCAAGUAAUGCAGUUUGGUAGAAUUGAAAAUGGUGCAUAUACUCUCGAUUUUCGUGGACCGUUCAGUGCAGUGCAGGCAUUUGCUGUUGCAUUAGCUUCAAUAACCCAGCGAUUGAAGUAA